ACACUAGUCGCACCAUUUCUGAGACUCAUCGUCGAGGUUACCGUGCCGUACGCCACGGUUUCUACUUUUAUUCGAAGUUGAACCUCUGCGAAGUGAUGAGCCGAUGAAAGCGAGCGAACCGAGCGACCGUACGAAUAAUCGAGGGUAGUGAGCGAGAGACUGUGUUUUGCAACUGAUUGGUAGAGAGCAACCGUGCAGGGACAAGUGUGUGAAUACCCAGCCAAGCCAGCCAUCUUGAAAAAGUUGAAAUUCAAUUUUAGUUUGGCAAAUAUCCUUGUUUGUGCAAGAUUUUGUGAUUAUUUCUCGCUGGAAAACGAAACCAUUGUGAUUUGGGAAUAAGUUUAAGCCUACAUUUAAGUGGAAAGUUGUGCCGUAAUUUGAAAAAUUUUCUUGCCUCUCCUUGGUAUACUGUGCAAAAGCUCCGUGGUGGAAUAAAAGAAAAUUUUUGGAAGUGAUUCGAAGUGAAUGAUCUGUACAGUCAGCAAAGUGUAAUUUCAUCAAAAUUGAACAAUCUAACUCUGCUGACGAAGUGUGAAAAAAAAAUUUCCCUGGUGUAUGAAACGGCGAGUAAUUCGUAUCAACAUUUUUCCUGCACUGUGAAGUAGUUCGUUUUAAGUGCGAAGAAAAAGCAGCACAUAGAAAACGUAACGAGUGGUGAUUGCUGUUGAGUGGUAAUAUUUGGAACAGGCUCGUUCAAAGUUUAAUGUUGAAAAGUAUCGAAGGCUGCAAGGCGUACACGGUGGAUCGCAGAUUUGGUUUGUCCUACAGUAUCCUGAGAAAAUGAGAAUAGAAGUCAAUUCGGCUGCGGAUUUUUUGAUGAAUUUGCUUCGAGUCAAAAAAGCAAAUCAAUUGUCCGAAAGCCAACUACUGCAUUUUAAAGGAUCGCUAGAGCAAAUUCUGACGCGUCAUUUUCAACGUCACUGGUAUCCUGAUGUUCCUACGAAGGGCUCCGGGUUCCGUUGCCUGCGUAUUAACGGCAAGAUGGAUCCGAUCAUUGAACGGGCUGGUCAUGCUGUGGGUUUGAACUCGGUAGCACUUCGAAAAAUGCUCCCUCUGGAGCUGACGGUUUGGAUCGAUCCGGAGGAGGUAUCGUACCGUAUUGGCGAGAACGGUACCAUCUGCGUUCUGUACGACCAACACCUGAGCCGUGCCAGUCCUUCGUCGGAUCUUGAUUCGACGGGUAGCAGUAGCUGUGAUGAAUUCAUUAUGGAACGAGUCGGCCGACUGGAUCUGUCGACUGCGUCCGAUAGUGGUAAUAGUGUUUUGGUGGACUUCCUGGAGGCGGCUCCAUCGAAUUCGCUUGUAACGCAGAGCAAGCACAAGUACAACAACAAUCAUCAUAAUAAUCAUUACACGAAGCGUCAUAAUAACAGCGUGAGCUCUUCGUCUAGUGGACAUACUAGUCCACCUCUUAGUCCACCAUACAAUGGCUACAACAAUAAUUUCAACAACAAUAGAUAUCAGCAUAACAGCCAACAUAACAACUACUAUUCGCCAUCUGUACAUCAGCAGCAACCCUAUUUCCCAUGGGACAACCAGUUCGUUAACAACAAAGUGCGUACCCAAUGUUAGAUCCGAAAAGAUGCUGUUAGCCGUUAAACUCUUCGAAUGAAAAUAAAAGUUCUACCAUCUAUCACCACAAUCUUCAUAUCAAAAGUUGUGUAUCCGCGGACCCGAGACUGAUAGAUACUGGGAACUACACGUCGUCGGGGAGGGUGAAACAUCAUAAUCAACGGCAGCGACAUUCAACAAAAUACGACGAUGGAUGGCCAACGUAUGGACGAUCGAGGACAACUUCUGAAUACGGUUAGAACAUCAACCCACAAACUGGUCAUCAAUAGUUAUCGGCACACUUUGUGGCCGUUUAGACUAAGAGAUGAGCAUUUCGAGAUUGACACAUGUACUAUCUCUAGUUUUUUAAAACUAAUCGAAAGUGUUGCUAAAUAAUACUUACAAAAUAAUAAUUUGACUAAAAUUCUUUAAAAAACGACAGAAAUUUAUGAACUGAACACGGCAAAACGAAUAAUUGGAAAACUGAAACAGGAAUCUAUAUAUGUAAUCACAACAGAAAUGUAGCUUUAGAGCUGUAUAUUGUGGACGGAAUCGGUAAGGUCAUUUUUUCAUUGCCUCCGUCUGAGUUUGACUAUUUCGGGUGGGGGUUACGAACAAUGACUGAAAACGAACACAGUAAGGCGGAUGAAAGCUUUAAAGCAGGCUAAUUUUUUCUUUCGACAUGAUAUCAAUCGUAUAGUAAAUGAGGAGAAAACUGUAGUUGUAGAAACGGAAAUCGAUGUGUUGUGCUCUGUUUAGUGGAACAGAUAGGUGAGUGUGGACAAAACAACUUUUUCCCGAAAAAAAAAACAACUGUAGGGGUGAGAUAAACAUAGAUGGUUAGGGUUAGGAAAUAUCCACAUCUUGCUGAGUGUUGCAGCCCAGCACAAAAUGGUCGUGGUUGUUAGAAACUAACCGGGAGACGGGAGUACUGCGAAUGAAGUAAAGAACGAGUUGUGUUCGGAUGUAUAUAUGUACCGGCAUUUCAAAUCUAUUUAUUUUUUUUUCCGCUGAAGGUAACCUUUGUGAAGCGGCGAUUUAUUUGCUUUACUUUAUGGUAAGCGAGGUCACGUAGUUAUUUCCGGUUCUUAUACAACGGAAAUGGGAAUUACUUCCAGCAAUCCUUGGGUCACUGCUUGUGUACCCCCUAUGAACAAUUUCUGUUAUACCUUGAUCACCUGUUGUUCCUAUUCAUGUUUUCGUCGUCUUUUCUCGAAGGACGACUAAAUACUGAAGCAAAAAGAAAAUACAACCAAGAAAAACCGACCCGAACACCUUUCUUCACAUACAUUCAACGAUGUUCAAUGGUAGCAAAAGGGAGAAGAAAAAAGGUCAACCAUUGAAAGCGGAGAAACGAAGCAAAGGAUCAAAAGCCAUUAUUUCAAUAUCUGUAACGUGUUUCGAAAUUCAUCCCAUUCGGCUCGUAUAGGUAGGAUAUGGUCCAUCGGGUUCUUAGUGGUAUUUUACGGUAGAGAGUUGACGGUGAUAACGAUCGUAGCUUUAGGAAAACAACUUCAAACCGUCAGCCUACAGUCGUGGAACAAAGUUGCUCGUCAUCAACCUGAAAGAAACUCGUUUGUUUGUGCUAGUGGUAGUGGUAGCCGUUUGUACGUGAAUCAAUAUGAUGGUUUGUGUGUGUUAGCACUCACGGCCAUUGCGAGUUAUACGUGAUCAAAAUAGAGACGAAAACAUCAAUUUGUUUUUAUCCUUUUUCUUUUUCUUUGUGCGCUUUGAUAUGCGUUUUUUUUUCGUGUCCCUACUAUAUUCGAUUAAUUUAUUCAUUUCUGUUUCGUUUUUGAAUGUGUUUUACUAGUCUUAUUACUACUGGUGAAACAGAUUUUUUUCUAUGUUUUUUAUGGUUGAAGCUUAUCACCAGUAGCGUUUUCUUAAUCAAUAUCCCAAUCAAUAUUUGACUAUUUUCAUGUGUUUAAUGGAGCGUGUAAAUCGCAAAUGUAAUUGAUACCAGUUAGAUUGACUGAACAAGCGAACAGGACGGCAACCUGGCAAGCAACAAGAUACACAUUCAGCUAUCUUGUAGUCUGCUGAGUUGAUGGUUACCACUCACACUAACAAGCACAACACACGUUGAUUGCAAAUGGCUACCAUACAUAGUAGUCUCCGAACAACUCGCGGUGCGUGGAAUGAGAGAAAGGAAGUAUACCAACCGCAGGAAAAUUGCAAUCUUCUAUGAGUCAUCUGCGGAAUGAAGUGUGGCAGGCAAAAUCGCAGCCACAUAGUCCAAAAACCAAGCGUAACGAGGACAGAUUUCGAAACACAUUACCGGAUGGCUUGACAGUUCCUAAGAUACUUUUCCGUAGGAAAGAAAUUAAGAAAAUCAAUUAUCAAUAAAUCGCAAAGAACACAAAGACCCACCGUCCAACAAAAUAAAAAUCCUAUUAGGGAUGAAAAUUGCGAGUGAUGUACCUAUAUGCAAAAACAAGGAAGGUAUCCUUAUGUGGAACAAAUCUUAUACAUUAUAUGUAUACUCCACAGUUUUUUAAUCGUUGAUAAUCUCUAUUGACAAGAAUGGUUUAGGCUUUACUUCCUGUGACUUUUUUUUUGGGGAAAUCAGACCAGCUUUUGCACAUAUCAGAAAGUGUGCCCAUUAGAGUUUGUGAGUGUGAUUGUGGAACGAAUGAAUUGUAGAUGCGAGCAGUACAAAGUCAACUAUUAUCAAUUUUUAAUAACUUUACACAGUAGAAUGGGCGAAAUGCAUGUGAAUACAAACAUCCAAUCAACGAUCUCUCUUUGACGGCAGGAGAGUAAAUGAUAGCAAAAUACAACUAGGAAGAGGACAGAUGAGGACAGACAGCCACGACAUGAUGGCGGUAUUCAAAAGCACUACCGCCUUAGGUCGCAGGGUAGUGUGGGCAGACGGAUAGUGGAAUGAUUAAUUCGAAUGAUACACCGUUGAGCGUGAUUUCCUAGUUGCACCAGUAGCCGAUUGCGACCAACCGGGAUGUAAGUUCUAGCGAUUCUUCGGGCUGAUGAACAUUCUCCCUCGCGGAAACCUCACUUGCAUGUUAGUAGAAAGUUAGCAAAACUAUGCGAAAACUCGUUUAGUGUGUGGCGGCCCAUUUGGCGUCAUCGUGUUUUUCGGUUCAGGGCAAAUGAAAACAUGUCAGAACCAGUUUGUGGCUCCAUUUAUUUUUUGUUGUUGCUAGCUGGCUGACUGCGUACAUACUGUUGCCCGUACAGCCCUGCUAGCUAAUUUAGUUCCCUAGUGCUAGUGCCUGGCAACUGCUUUAAUUAAUGAGGAAAUGUUCGUAAAUCGUUUUCUAUCGUUCAUUGGAAAACGGUUACGGUGCACGGCACAGAAAACCGCAUUCGAUUGUUGGUUUCUUUCCUGUGGCAGCGUUGGUGGCUGUCUAGUAUCCGUCGCCAUAUUUGCAACGGAAAUGGUGCCAGAUGAACAAUCGGAGAUAAAGGUGAAAUCAAUGUACGAGCUGGUGGUCUGCUACUUGGAACUGAGAGAGACCAAAAAAAAAAAAAAGAAACUCGGAAAGUAGCGCCACACUUUGACGGUCGGUUGUUUCAAUAAACCGCCAUGAAUAAAAAAAAACAUUUGAAUCUUGCAACUUUCUGCUGAAAUGGGGGUGUUCCAGUGUCAGUAACAGUCGAACAAUAGCUUUUAACUUUGUUAUGCUAGCUGAUAGAAUGUAUGAAUUGAGAUGAGUGCUAUUCGUCUUUUUGCACAGCGAAACUUUCCGUUUGCCGCUUCAAUCAAGUUUUCGUCGGCUACUAGAUUGUUGUAGUUUAUAAAUUCGUUAUAUAUUAUGACAUUAGAUAAUUUUUUGAUUCAUUUACAUUGACAGUAGCUGAGUCAUAGUUUUUCAUGGCAUUUAGUUUUUCUUCACAAAUAAAAGCGCUCUAUCUAUACGAUUUUAACGAUUUCGGACGUUUCUAAUAUUUCUCGUUCCUUACAAAUUGUCAGAUAGAAGGUUGGUUGCGUACCAUCCGUAUUUACUUUUUCAUUUACAUUAUACUGCCCACUUCCUAUCAUGUGUACCGAUUACUGACAUGUUUCAGCCUAAAUGUCACCAUUCGAAAGACAACACGCCAUACGAAAAAAAAAAUGUGUAGCCCAUUUAAAGUGUACGUGUACGAAUCACGCCAGCGUAGACUGCGCCAGUCUUGCGUCAAUGAGUUGUUCAGAUAGUAUUUAUUUUCAGUUUAUGACGAGAAUGAAUGUUAUCAAGCUCCAAGGUGUUAGUGACGAUAAUCAUUCAAUUCGCAAUGAUUGUCGUAUAGCGUGAGAACUGGGAACUUCUCCCGUCUGUGUAUGUGUUUGUGAUCAAUGGCUGAUCGUUAUCAGUUUGCCUGACUUUUGCUUUCGAAAAGGCCGUGCCGUGGAACUCAGGCAAUGAAGGGAGAAGUUAAAAUUACAUUAAUUGUGAAGAGCCAUUUUGGUUCGCUUGCCAUCGCACUGUGGUGGUGAGACGGAACGAACGAAGCGAGAAGGUUGGUAAAGGUAAAAUUGCGUCUUCAGAACGCUACGGCCUGCGGGCUCUCGACAAGCUAACGCGCAAUAGAAUGGUGAAAAAAACAACUCACGCAAACGUAUCGAGGCUAUAGUCGGUCGUCUUUGCGCUGACAGCAGCGUAAUCAAACUCCAAAGUCGAGUCAAUGUCAGCGCAGCUCUGUGAAAGUAACACCAUGUUGUCUUUUGCUAAAUUUGCUCGGCCUGCUUCAAACAAAACAUUAACUUGUAUCAUAUUCUAAAAACUGUGAUGAUUUUUUAGAUUUUUUUUUGUUAUUUUUGUAAGAGUGAUAUGCUAAAAGUAGGCUUAUUUUUAAAUCAGUUUUUUGUAAAUAGCAAAUCUUCUGGAUCUAAGAAAAGAUAGAUUAUUUUAACAAAUUCAGCCGUCAAAAAUGUUUGAAUUUCAUAACUUCAGCCUGUUCUGCGCGAGUUCUUUUUCCCGUGAUUAUCUUUUUUUAUAAUUCUAUCUUUUCUUAGCGUUGUGUACAUUUUAACGAUACAAAACUAACUAAAUAUCUGACUUUGUACUGUCGAUCGAGUAAGCAUGAUUGAACGGGGACACACAGUUCGUUGAGUGCUGAAAGCAUGAUGAAUAGCGUGACAAUUGUUUCGUUGGUGAAUCAAAAGCUAGCUUUAAGUUUUUAUAGGUUUAUAUUAGGUAUGUAAAUGUUUUGCAAAACAAAAAAAAACUGAGAACAGUGGAAAGACAAAGAGUUAUAUAAAUAUACAUAACAAUCUCUACACACAAAACAAACACCGGGGAUAUGUUAUGAAACUCGUUAAUUUACUAACGACUGCCAUUUUAAGCAUAGUGGAAACUAUUUUGCUCGGCCUCACAGGUGGGCUACGACAGAGUUAUACAAACAAAUGUAAAACUACGACAGAGCGGAUUUUAACCAUUUUUUUACGUUUUUGUACAUAUAACAUUUUACGAUUGUAGUAUACGCAAUGUUCAAGUUAAAAAGCAUGCGCGUCUUCGCAGUUUACAAAAACAACACAACAAAUCAAACAUCAACCAUACGUCUGGCAGCACUUUUCGUGCUGUCAAACGUAAUGCCGUUAGCCGGCCCAUCUAUCGGAAAAUUUUCUGAACAAAACCCAGUAUUCCUGUAUCAUCUUUUUGUUCCAGAACGCAGGAAAGUCGUUUGACAAUAUAAGCUUCUCGGGUCAGUAUUGUUUGUCUUUUUGUUUUUAUCUAUUCCAAUCGACAAAUUUUGAGUCAAGAUUCAAUCGUAAAAAAAGAACGCACAUUAAAGCAGCUCGUCCCAACUAAAAUUUGUGACGCGAACUUGAAAGAAGUGAAACUUCUCACCUUCUCGGCAAGGAGGAAACCAUUUUAGAUUUUCGUAAUUUUAACGACUUUGGUUUGCGUUGUUCCUACUGCGUAUGAGCGUGUGCGUUUUCUGUCACACGCAGUGCCACAAGCUGCCACCCCUAGAUGAGAGUUGCUUUGAACAUUCAUGUGUCAUCGUCAGUGGAGGGUUGUGAUAUCGCGAACACGCAACCAGCAGUCAUUACGUAUCUAAUUAUUUUCAUAUUCGAAGAAGAAAAAAAAAAACCUAGUCAAUAGAUAUUUCAGUUGCCCUCUAGGGUAUGGACGAUCUCAGAUUAUGAGUGAACUUGUGCGAACCGUCGUGUGAUGAGGGUUUUAGAAAGUGGUGCGAAGAUCGCGGCAACGUCGCUUUGCUGCCGCAGUAAAGCUGGCUGUCGUUGAUUUAAAAAAAAAACUGAUCGCAUAGCAGUGCAAGAGGAUUGGCGAAAGUGGUGAACAUUUGACACAUCUUUCGUUUUUUUUUCGAACCCCUCUUUGCUGUGUUUCAACUUGUUGGGACAUGUUUCCCUGUGGCAACAGGCGUCCAGGUCUUUGUUUUGGGAACUCGAAAAUGCACGGAUUCGAUCCAUGCAAGAAAUCUGCGAAUUGCAGUUUUCGUGGAGGCUCUGCUUAUUCUAAUGUGCUUUAAGUUGAUUGUUUGAUUAAUAGACAUUUUCUAUUUUGACAAGAGAUGAAUACUAGCGAAAGCGAGUUGAUCUGUGAUUUUUUUUUUAUUUUGAAAUGAAAUGUGUUAGGGAUGCUUCACUGCAUCAUGAAAAUAAUCGGAGAGCUGAAUUUUCCGUAAUUACAUACGUUAGGGAAUUGUGUUUCUCUCUCAAACUGGACUGAAUUUAGCAAACCGAGGGGUGCAAACUAGGUGAUAGGGAAAGAUCCGAAGAAACGGUUUACUAGCAAAAGUACGGUAUGAAUAUUUUCCGGUACCUGGGCUAGAUGCGUGUGAAUGUGGUUUAGCUGCUAAAUUUCUGCAUAUUUAAACCGAGUGCAGAAAAAUCGGACAUUUUCAAUGUUGAACGUGAUAAAUGAAAGUCAUACUUAUUAGUUUAAGGUCUCUCUGUAAUCCAUACGGGCAGAACGAGUUGAUCCAGAUUUAUGUAUACAACUACAACUAGCUGUAGCGUAUCGAGUCAAUCGUGUUGAUUUAACAACGCCAACCACCACCAAUCACUGUUAGUAUAAAGUGUAAACAUGAAACAGCAACUAUGAAAAGUCUGAGAAAGUUUAGUUACGGUUGUCGUUAUUUUCAAAAUAGAUGAGCAAGUAGGAAAAGUUUGUUGUGAUUUAUGAAAUAAAGAAAAAAAAUGAUUGAUAGAAAAAAAAUGAUGAAUUAGGAAACGCUUAAAUGAAUAUAUAUGAAUGUGAUAAUAUAUUUUUUAUAUCUAUGGAAACAUCUUAAAACAAACAAUAGCAUUAGGAGCGUCUGUGCUGAACGAAAACUAAACCGAUUUAAAUUGUACAAUAACGUCAGCGAUAGUUGACAUGCAGAACGUAUGGUUCAAAACUAGAAAACCUGAAACUUAACAAGAGAAAUUACAUUGAAAAUUUAUACCAUUAGCUUUACACCAUUUCGACAAAUUUUGUUAAAUGAGCGCAUUACGAAUUGUAAUCGUCCAUCGUCGGGCACAGGUGACAAGUGACAACAUAUAUCUAUUGUACUAUCUAGACAACACUAUCUAUAAAAUAAUACUAUCACAUUCAUUGAUAUUUUACCAGUAAUCAUUUUUUUUUGAGUAAAAGGUAAAACCAAAGCAAAGCAAGAAAUGGUAUCACAGUUUAGGCGCGGAAUGUUUCAUUUGUUUUUACCACCAACCGCCAUUUCCGCCAUCGGCAAAAAAGCAUACAAGAUUGCAAACUACAUUUAACGCGAAUCGAAGCUAAGCCAUUGUAAUUUCUUGCCCGGCCUGCCUGCCUGCCUGCCUCUUCUGGAUCAUAAUGCUGCAAUCGUGACGCUCCUAAGACCAAAGUCGUGAUUUCGCAUAGGACAAAAUCAAUUUACGAUGGAGGCAGUCUGUCGGAUGAUAUGGAUUGUUGUUACGGGAACAAUGGCUUUUGUGGCGAUGUGUUUUGCUCAGAUUUUCUUUUUCGAUAUCAUUGCAACCCUUUUCUUUCAAUUUGGAGGCGGCUUUCACUUCCACUCCAUUGCAAUAGUGGUCUCUCGGCGGAUAAUGCCUCCCUUUUUUUUGCAUUGCAGUGCUCUCAAAUGUUUUGUCGUCGUCGUUGUAGAUUUUGAAUACCCAGUCGUGUAUGUCUAAUGUCAUCAUUAUUAGAAACGAUUUUGCGAAAAAUAAAGCAGCAUGAUGACACCGUUGAGAGCAUUGCAGACUGCUUCCCACUAGAUUUCUGUACCUCUUGGUAACUUUAGAGCUGUCAAACUAGCGUUAGCGUUUCAUUCUCUCCCUAUCCCUUGUAUAAUUUCCGCUGAAAGGUGACUUUAAAUUAACCGUGUUAACCUUCUUUGUUACCCAAUUUCACGUGUUUGGUUGUUAGUGCGUAUGUGCUAGUCAUGCUAGGAUUAUAUUGAAUUGAAGUUGCGCGAUCAUAGUUCCUAAAUACGUUUUGCGAGACCAGCCAAGAUUUCUGAAAUAACCAUGUGAUACUGUGUGGUAAAAACAAACGAAAUGUGGUAAAAACAAACAAAAUCGACUGCCCGGAAAGAUUUACAUUCGUCAGUAGCAAACGGUAUUGCUGUUUCUUUUUUCGUUAAUCCAUAAUAGCGAAAAAGUCUAUUCACAAUCCAGAACAACCUGAGAAACAUGAAGCGAGAGCUGUCUACAAUGCAGAAGUGUGAGGUCUAAAAAUAUUGUUUUAAAUAUUUUUUUUAUCGAAAUGUUUCCAGAAAAACAAAAAAACUAUAUCUAGUACCAAAAGCGCGUUUAGAGAAAGGGAGUAUAAGCUUUUAUAAUAUUUACAAACCACUUAGUACAUCAUGCGUAAGAGCGAAGAAAACUUAGUAAUCAAAAUGAGAACUAUUUGAAGAACCGAUGCAGGAAACUGAUUGACCACCUAGAUUGAGUGUAUUGAGAUGGUAAAAAGUGUAGCGAAACAUAAGACUAAGCAAACGUACAAAUUACUUAGUAACUCGUUUUUAUAUAGAACAACAUAUAUAAGCAAAGAGGUACCCACAACAAAACAAAAAAUAACAUGGAAAAAUAUUAUGAAAGUUUAAGCAAACAUCUAAUGCUACCCUGAAGACAAAAAAAAAAGAAAAGAAAACUGAUGAAGAUGAUUCAUAGUAUUGUUUCACGUCGUUCAGUUCAGUUUUAUUGUUGCCCCUUAUGCUUGAAAGGUUUUGACAUUUCGGGCGAAGCUAUGCUUUAUAUUGGAGAAUUGUGUCUUGCGCGUUAGUUCCAGUGCUAUUUUCGAACUCACACGCGGUUCAGUUCCCAUUUGUAAAGUUUCGAUUAGUGUUCGAUAUAGCUAGCAAGAGAUCGAAAAAAUAAACUGCGCUGCCAGUAAGAUUGUGCAAAAACAACGCCGCAAGCAUUGAGAAUAUAUUUUCAGUGCUUGUUUACUUGUUGAGAAUGUGGAAAAGUCACGAAAAAACCGGAGAGCGUGAAGAAAAGGGACGUGAAAACAAAAAAAAAACUGGAAUGGUAACUUUUUCGGCCAGUUUUAUUUUACAUUCUCUUCUGCUGGAGUUGUUUUACAUUAUUUUAUUUUGUUGUUGAUGGCGCAUACAAAGAAGUCUUGCUAGCGGCGGGAGUAAACGAAUGGGCAUAGCUCGCGAGGAAGGAGGUCAGGUCAGACCAGGUAGAGCCUCUUAGUGGGGACCUAGGCAUAAUGGCGACGGAGCAUAAACAACUGUAACGGAAUUAAGCUAGAAGACAACAAACAGCAACAGCAGCAGGUCGACGUGAAAGGCCUAGAAUUGUAAAUUGCUGAACACUCCUUGGUAGUAGAACUUUAUGUAGAUGUGUUUUGGAUUAGGAAUACUCUUUUUAAACGUACGCGUGGCGUUCGAUCGAAGCCGAAGGCUAGGAAGCAGCAUUUGUUUUUUCUCUAUUUACUAGAAAAGUCUUCAGAUUUUGUCACGGUGAGAAGCAUAAAUAACAGAAGAGCACAUUUAGUUGUCAUGUCAGGAAAGUUGCUGACAUACGAAACGGACUCUGGAUGUACAAAUUUUAUUGCUAUUUUAAUGAAGUACAGAAUCGAACCUUAGAAAUGGAAUCAUGAUUCUCAUCAAAAUUAAGAAACAACAACAAAAAAACACUGACAAGAGAAACUGAAUACUAAUUAAGUGAAACUACGAUAAACUGUGAUCUAGUGGGGAAGGACACGUAUAUUUAUACUGCAAUUGAACGAUAAACCAACACGGAAAAGAGUAAAUCAUUGCUAUUGGUUUUUAAAUUAUUUUACUAAGCAACAACAAAUGAAAUGCAGACAAGAAACAGCUAAACACAACAUUUACAAACUGUGAACACGUAGCUUUUAAGAAAGAUGCAAGAAACACAUGUAAAUAUAAUAAAUUUCGAAAAAUGUUAUAUAUGUAUAGAAAGGUAAAAAAACAAACUCAUAUACAAUCCCGUCGUCACACCGUGGAAGGGCUCGAUUUUGACCUGUGCAAACAUAUCUUAUCUUUUUCAGUGUGCGAGCGUGCUUGCGAAUAUUAUACUUAUCGCGUGUGAGUAGUUUGUAGCUGUCCCCAGUUUGUCCACGUUUUCGCUGGAUUGAGGGACAAGACUCCAUCUAUAGAAUAACCUUUCAUCCUGCUUCGUUUACUAGUUUAUGAUGGCCAGCCAAUUGAAACCGUUUGCGCAGCUCAAAGUGGCACAGUCCUUCUCGGCGCGGUGCGAACAAGAACAACCGAGACGGACAGAUGAUGAAUAAUAAACAAAAAAAAAACAACAAUAAAGAAAAAAUGCAGUAUUUUUUUUUGUAAUGAAAACAAGCAAAGUGAAAAAGAACUGAAAAUUGUACAAAAAAGAGGAAAAUUUUUAUAAUAAAAACCACACGAGAAAAAAGAAAAACAAAGUUAUAAAAAAGUUGUUGAAGCAUUUAUAUACGUAAUGUAAAUUUAUAGCAACUAUAGUUUUUUUUCUAUAAUUUAAAACUACAAGUUCAGAUGAAAUGACCAUCGCUGAAGCAGCUGCGAGAUGUGCAUGUAAUAUAGAUGCAAUAAAAAGGAAAACUGCAUGAGAAAACAAAAACGAAAGAAUCGAAAUACUGUGUAUAUGUAUAAUGUAUUUUUUGUGGAUGAGGGGCUCGUGUAGAUUGAUUCGUUGAUUCUUAUUUAUUUUCCUAAUUUCGAGCAAACCCAAAUUUGCUAUAUGGAAACAAUAAUCGUAAUGCAAAUGACUCUUCAUGGCAACGGAUAAGUAGCGGAAUGAAGAAGGCAACAAGUUGAACAUGGUUUCGCCGCCGUGUUGCUGGUGUUUGCUCGCCCGUUAAUGCAUACCAACAAUCCGUACUCGAUUCGCACUUUGUAUAUUGUUUUGCACAUAAAAAUUCACCGCAAGAGCGCUUGUUUUGUGCAAGCAAUUGGAGCGAAGAACAGGCCAUUGCAUUGGCGGAGGGAGGAAACACCGAUGGAAGAUAUAACAAUGGUAAAUUGUAUACAUAUAUGUAUUCGCAGGGAAAAGAAAAAGAAGAAUAAACCAUCCGAUUGUAGUUGGACGCCUAAUGAUGUAUUCAACUUUGUUCAUAGAAACAUAAAAUUUUUAUAAAUUCAGCAAAAUAAAAACAAAGCUACUGCUUAAGAGUAUUUGAUAUCCGAUACCCCAUUGUUUAGAUGUGAUCCACUAUACUAUCCAGAAAGUAAACAUAAAUUGAAGUCUUUUGAACCGAUCAAAAUCAAAUCUGUAUAGUCUCACACGGUACACAAACACACAUGCACUUUUGCAUAUUUAAUUGAUAAAAACAGUUACGGAUCAGAGAAUAACAGUAAAACUGAAAUCAAUCCAAAUUUAAAUGUUUCCGCGUUUAGAAGGACCUCUAGUGUACAUUACAAAACAUAUAUUCCGAUUGCAUUUCAAUAUUAACUGAUUAACUAUUUCAAAUAGAUAAAAAUCCUGACGCAGUAAAAUCCCGAAUCAAACAAGUGAAUUGUAAAUACACGAACACACACACAAAAAAGCAUUAUGAAACUACAACAACAAAAAUGCCAUUUCAGUAGAAAAACAGUUGAAUUCUAGAAAACUUGUCUUCUUUCUUUCCGUAGUAUUACCAACCGCUAGAAACUUUUCGGUGGAGUCGUGCGCGAAAUCAGUGUUUUACUGAACAAAACAUAGAAAUGAUUUUCAAAAUUUCAAAAUGUAUCGUUUUUAUCUCUUCCAGUUUUCCUUUGACCCGAAUUCGUAUCCAUAGAGAACCAAUAGAGAAAAUUUGCGUUAAAUCAAAUACUUAUUUUUCUUUUCGAAUCUCUUCGCGUCACAAACGAGAAAGCUGCUAAAUAGGGCAAACGUGUUACAACCAUUAACACGGCACACUCGUUGCGUAGGUUUACAUCGUUCGAGUGGAAAUAGCCGAAAAGGUUCACUUUUCAUCAACACUCGUUCGCAGAUACUGUCGAUUAACAAUUUUUUUUAACAA